AUGGCUGAGAUUCAUGACCAGUUCGAGACCAUCCUCAUCCUGGACUUCGGCUCGCAGUAUAGCCAUCUCAUCACUAGGAGGUGCCGAGAGCUGAAUGUCUAUGCGGAGCUUAUGCCAUGUACCCAAAAGAUGCAGGAUCUUAACUUCAAGCCCAAGGGCAUCAUCCUUUCCGGAUCUCCAUAUUCCGUAUAUGACCAGGAUGCGCCGCGCGUCGAUCCCGCAGUCUUUGACAUGGGUGUCCCAAUCCUCGGGAUCUGCUAUGGCCUUCAGGAGAUGGCAUGGAACCUCAAGGGGAAAGUGACCAAGUGUGAUCACCGGGAGUAUGGAUUCGCCCAACUGCAGAUCAGCAUGAUAGGCUCAGGGGACGAGCCCGCAGAUGCGUUGUUCGAGGGCUUGGGUGAUGAGAUGCAGGUCUGGAUGUCUCACGGAGACCAGCUCUCGGAGAUGCCAGAGAACUUCCAUAUCAUCGGGAAGACGAAAACAGCUCCGUAUGCUGCCAUUGCGCACAACUCAAAACCCUUCUACGGUAUCCAAUUCCACCCCGAAGUCACACAUUCACCACGAGGUAAAGAGGUUAUCGGCCGCUUCGUCCUCAACAUCUGCAAGUGCAGAGCGAACUGGACGAUGGAGGAAUUCAUUGGAAAGGAAAUCGCCCGUAUCCGCCAGAUUUGUGGACCCAAAGGGCGCGUUAUUGGCGCCGUCAGCGGUGGUGUGGAUAGCACGGUUGCGGCAAAACUGAUGCACGAGGCCAUCGGGGACAGAUUCCAUGCCAUCAUGGUCGACAACGGCGUCCUGCGUAAGAACGAAGCCCAGCAGGUCCACGACAUGCUCAACCGCGACCUCGGGGUCAACCUCACCGUCGUCGACGCGUCCGAACUUUUCCUCUCUCGUCUUGCUGACGUUGAGGAUCCAGAGAAGAAGCGUAAGAUUAUCGGCAACACGUUCAUCAACGUAUUUGAGGACGAGGCGGCGAAGAUUGAGGCUGCCGCGGAGCUGGAGGCAGCUGGUGGUGCCGCCCCUAAGGGCAAGAUUGAGUGGUUGCUGCAAGGUACGCUCUACCCGGACGUCAUCGAGAGCAUCAGCUUCAAGGGCCCGAGUGCUACGAUCAAGACGCACCACAAUGUCGGCGGUCUGCUGAAGGACAUGAAGCUCAAGCUGAUCGAACCUCUGCGCGAGCUGUUCAAGGAUGAAGUUCGUGCACUGGGCCGGCUACUCUCCAUACCCGCGCCGCUCGUUCAGCGACACCCGUUCCCCGGCCCUGGCCUUGCCAUCCGUAUCCUCGGACCCGUUACGCGGGAGCAAGUGAAGAUUCUUCAGCACGCGGACAGCAUAUACAUCGAGGAGAUCCGCGCCGCGGGACUGUACGAGCAGAUCAGCCAGGCGUUCGCCGUACUGCUCCCUGUCAAGGCCGUUGGUGUCAUGGGUGACAAGCGGACGUACGAGCAGGUGAUUGCCCUCCGGGCGGUGCAGUCAGAGGACUUCAUGACGGCAGACUGGUUCGUCUUCCCUGCUGAGGUUCUACGACGCAUCUCGUCUCGCAUUACAAACGAGGUUGAGGGAAUCAACCGCGUCACGUAUGACAUUUCCUCGAAGCCUCCAGCGACGGUGGAGUGGCUUUGA